AUGAAGACCGCGGCUGUGGACUGGCAAGAAAAUGACUCAGACUUUUCAGACCUCGACGGACAAUCUGAUAAUGAAUCAAGUUCAAGUUGUAACCACAAAAAGCAAUCUGAUUAUAUUCUUGGUUUUGAGGAUGGCCCUAUGAGCCGCGUCUCGGAUCAGAGAGACUGGAACCUUUCGCGUCUCGCUGGCUUACCAAACAAGGACACGAACAGUUCCACAUCCGGGUCCAAUCCAUUUGCUACCGGUCUCUUUGACUCUGAAGAUCUUUUUUCCUGGCCGGAUUCAACGCCCACCGAAGAAACUUCCUCCACCGAACCCUUGGCUGACCGUAGCCCAUCGGAAAAGACUGCUCUCGACGAAUCCGCCGAUUCAGAGAAGUCAAAAGAACCUGAGCCACAGGAGCCCCCGACUACAAACAAACUGAUAUCACAAUCCCUUCCUGAACCUGGCCUGUCAGUCCCGAUACUGAAACCGUACUAUCUUACGACGUGCUACGAAGCUAAACCAGCUAUAAACCUAACUAAAGAGUUAGAUUCCCUAACCAUCUCACAAGGUUCAUCUUCGCGUAAAGUUGAAAAUAAAUUAAAUCAAGCUCACUCGAAACGUCAGCCACCCGCUGAGAAUGAUGAUGGAAAUGCGGGAUGGAAGGGAGAAAAGUACGAGAGACAGACGAUCGAAGGUGUUGACCAAACUUUCUUGACGUUCCAAGAACGUGUAAGCUGGUGCGGUCAAUCAAAUCAAGUGGUUAGGUAUAAGGUGGGCGGAAACCCUUUACCCUUCAGUCGCGUUGAUUCAGCGCCCGUCUAUCGCUGCAAUACGUGUGGGAGUCCGAAAGCAUUUGAGGUGCAGUUUAUGCCUGUGGGUGUCACACUCUUAAACCGAGAAAUGCCGGCUGGUCAUGGAUUCACAUGGUCUACGAUGUGGGUAAUGACUUGUUCACAAGAUUGCCAUGGGGUAGAUGACAAAGAUGAGGAAGGCUGGGUUGAGGAAUCAGUCUUUUUACAAUGGGAAGAUUAG